AUGGACAGCAAGCACGCAGUCUACCGUCACUUCAAGGUGCCGGCCAAUAGCGUUGGCGAGAACGGCACCAAGGUGUGUACCUACUGCAACUUCACAUUUGUUGGCGGGGUUCACCGUUGCGCGCAGCAUAUCACCAGCUGGAACGGCAUGCGCCGUCGCGAAGUGCAUCUCUGCACUGCAGCGCCGAAGACUGCACAUGACGCCGUGAAGGCGCUUUACGAUUCCAAGUUGAAGGCCCGUGAAGCGAAGCGUGCGGCUGAAAUUGCGGCGGUCGGCGCAGUCAACGGCAGAGGUUUGGAUAAGAAGAAGAUUCGGAUGACCGACUUCUACGGCGACGACGCCGCGUGCGCGAACCAAGCUGCGGACGAGGCCAUAAGCCUCUUCUUUGCCGCUCUUCAUGUGCCGGAGCAUCACGCGGACCACCCACUGUGGCGGAAUGUGGUCUCCAGCAUCCAGCGCGCGGGGCCGAAUUACGUCGCGCCGAAGAGACGCUACAUCGGUGGCGCCGGUCUUCCAAAGUGUCGCCAGCGCAUUGAGGUGGCGCUCGCUCCUAUCUCAGCAAGCUGGCGCCGUGACGGUGUCACCGUGGCAAGCGACAUGUUCUCCGACAAGGCCGGCCGCCCGCAAGCCAACGUGCUCCUCAUCAACGAUAGCGGUGCGGUGUUUGUGGAGUCGAUCGACACGAACAUGGAGAUGAAGACCGGGGGCUACAUCGUGGGCAUCUUGCGGCCCAUCAUCGAAAAGGUCGGCCCCGAGAAUGUCGUCGCCUUGUGUUUUAACGGCGGCUCCAACUACGCGGCGGCAUGCAAAGUGUUGAUGCGCGAGUAUCCCCACAUUGAACACAUCCCUUGCGCGACCCAUGUCCUCGAUCUCCUGAUGGAGGGCAUCGGGAUAAAGGGAUGGGCGAAGGACAUCAUCACGCGCGGGGACACCCUCAUCUCGUUCGCCCGCAACCAUCACUUCACCCGGGGAUAUAUGCGGAGUCCGCUCGUGAACGGCGGCAAGGGGAAACAGGUUCUCAAGCCCGCGGGAACCCGAUUCGGCACCAACUACAUCGCCAUCAACCGCCUCUGUGAAGUGCGCGCCGGCUUGACGCAGAUGGUCCUCAGCGAUGAGUGGGUCGAGUGGACUGCGGCUGCAGACAGGGCUGGGGCAGACACAUUCAAAGACAACAUCCUCGAUGCCGCGUGGUGGACGCGCGCCGAGUUCUUCGCUAAGCUGAUGAGGCUGCCAUUCGUCGUCAUGCGCAAGACUGACUCGGAUUCGAAGGGCAUGAUGGGUCGUCUCUACGACCUCAUGCUCCAGCUCACCGAGGACAUCCGCGACUUCCUCGACGAGCAUGCGGAAGGGGUCCUGACAAGCGACGAGGUGGGGGAUAUUCGGGAGAUCGUGCAGGACCGCUGGGACAACGGGCUGGCGUUCAACCUGCACGUGAUUGGCCUUCCUGGUGGAGAGUGCAUUUUCCGCACCGACCUGGAGUGCAGGAUGGUCUUCAAGUGCUUCGGCAUGCCCGACGCUAUUGCCGACCGCCAGGCAGUGAAGGAGGGCAAGAUGACGGCGAUGGACUGGUGGACAUGGCACGGGAUCGAUCAUCCUGAGCUCACCACCAUGGCUUGCCGCGCCAUCACGCAGCCGGUGUCCGCGUCUCCAUACCUGGGCCUAGGCAACAACCUAGAGUGCUACUUCUUUCCCCUAGGCGCCCCCGCGUGUUUGCAGGUGGCACUGGCAGCGGAGGCGAAGGGGGAGGUGGUGAACAGCGAUGGUGUGGCGAUGGAGGAGAGGGAGCGGAUCCUGGGGUCGGAUGCGGUGGUGGUGCAGGUGGCCAAUACGGGGCUGUUUGGUGAAGUGAGCGCUACCGACCUGUGGGGUGCACCGUCCCUUGACCGGCCACUCACAAUACAGCAGCUGGGGAGGAUACAGGGACAGUACUUUGCAUGGGGGCAGGCGCGCUGGUGGCGAGCGCAGGCGCUGCGCUUCAUGCUGCGCUGGCCCUCCCCGCACCUGUGCCACGCCACCAACCGCAUGCGCCACUCCGCGUACGGGCUCCUGGUAGCAGACCGAGUGGCAUCCGUUGCCCUGAAACAAGCCGAGCUGUUACAAGCACUCAACGCCUCUGCAGCUGCUGCAGCUGCUGCUACCGGCGGUGCUAGCAGCACUGUUCCUCCCGCCUCCUCCUCCUCCUCCUCCUCGUCACCUUCUUCUCAAGACCCCUCCCAGCCUCCAUCUGCCGAUUUAGCAGAUGAUAUUCGAUUCCUCUCCUCCUCUCCCAUCACCCCUCCUCCCUCCACCUCCUCCCCUUCUUCCUCCUCCCCUCUCGUCUCCCCUCCUCCCACUGCCGCUCCUCCCUACACUCCCGCCUCUCGCUCCCCACCAUCCCUCACCUCGCACACCUGGCCACUGCAAGGCCUAUCCGGCUGCAGCAGCUGCAGCAGCAGCAGCACCAACCCUCCACCACAACAACCACCAGCCACAUGCACAUGGGAGGAAAGCGCUCGGGUGUACCAAGAAGUGGGAGCAUCGCCGUUCAUGCUACGGCCAGUGGUCAGCAUGCACGUGCGGCAGGGCGACAAGGGCAUCGAGAUGACUCUUCACUCCCUCGCCACCUUUGUGUUCUUCGCGUACCGCAUGCGCCGCCACCGCCCCGACCUGCAGUACAUCUGGCUCAGCAGUGAAAUGGAGUCGGUAAUGGCAGCAGCAGAGACCUUCCCCGACUGGACCUUCCUCUACGCCAACAGCAACAGAGCAACAGACGUGGAGCAGAUGAAGCAGCAGCAGUUCUCAGGCCAGCAGCCCAUAGCUGAAAUCUUUGCCAACUUGCUCAUCACGUCCGAGAGCGAUUAUUUCAUCGGCUCGCUGGGCUCCAAUUGGAAUAGAGUAAUUGAUGAGUUGAGGUCCACUGGUGGGAGGCUGUUUGGAGGGCUGGUUACCCUGACGCAUGGGGUUUAG